CUAUGUAGGUCUACCUAUGGGUCCAGAUUAUUAAAUUUUUAUUUUUAUUUAAUUUAACUAUACUAAUAACACGUGUAUAGUAACUUGACACUUGACGAUCAAGUACCUAUGAAAGUUCCAUAAAUAUAACAAAGAUUUUAUUACCGUAAAAAAUUAAACUUAACUAUUUUUUUGCAAUUAAAAAUUAAACUUAAGUAUUUAAGUUACAAAUUAUUACUCUUAAUUCUUAAUGAAACAAAAAAGUUAGAAAAUAAUCUCUCUUUAUUCUUUCUUUAAACUCCAAAUCUUUUAUAAAAUCUAGUAAAAUUAAAUGGACACCACUAAUUUAUUUUUCACUCAUCUUAUUAAACCUUUCAUGUACUAGAUUCCUUUUAUCACCACAAAUAUAUUUAUUUUGACUCUACAAAUAUAUUCUUAUUCCAUGGCCUAAAAAAAAGCUUGUCUAUUAUGGUCUCAAAUCAUAAAAGCAUAAACACUCACCCACAUUUAAUGCUUUGUCCCCCCAUAAAUAAUUUUAUGGUCAUCAAUAAAAUUGAUCAAAAUUUCAAACAUUCACAUAUUGGGAUUUUCUUGGGAAAAAAUAAUCAUGGAAGGUCAUCAUCAUCAUAAUGAAGAUGAAAGAAAAAGAGAAGAAGAAGAAGAAGAUGAUGAUGAUGAUUUUGAUGAAGAAGUUGAUCCAAAGAGAAAAUGGUGGAAAAGGGCUUAUAGUUUGUUGAUGAGAAGUGAUGAAAAUGGUGUUGAAUUAAGUGAAAAUACUAUACACAAUUCCAAUUCCAAUUCAACUUUGGAUCGUUUAGUCAUUCAUCCAGAUAAUUGGUGGUACAUGGCAUGGACUCACUUCAUUCUUAUAUGGGCGGUCUACUCCUCCUUUUUCACUCCGUUGGAGUUCGGCUUCUUCAGAGGACUACCCGAAGACCUAUUCCUUCUUGACAUCGCCGGCCAAUUCGCGUUUCUUGUUGACAUUGUCGUUCGCUUCUUUGUCGCCUACCGUGACUUCCAUUCCCACCGCAUGGUCCGCGAUCGCAAACUUAUUGCUCUUCGGUACUUGAAAUCUCGUUUUACAGUUGAUUUGUUGGGUUGCUUACCUUGGGAUUAUAUUUAUAAGGCUUCCGGGAGAAAAGAGCCGGUGAGAUACUUAUUAUGCAUUAGGUUAAGUCGAGCUUGCAGGGUAACAGAGUUUUUUGAGAAAUUAGAGAAAGAUACUCGAGUUAAUUACAUGUUUACAAGAAUCGCGAAACUUUUUGUUGUUGAGCUCUACAGCACGCAUACAGCGGCGUGCAUCCUUUAUUAUCUCGCUACCACUGUGGAGCCUUCUCAAGAAGGUUACACAUGGAUAGGAAGUUUGAAGAUGGGUGAUUAUAGCUAUUCUCAAUUCAGAGAGAUUAAUCUUUGGAAGCGUUAUGUUACCUCUCUAUAUUUUUCCAUUGUUACCAUGGCAACUGUCGGUUAUGGAGAUGUACAUGCUGUGAAUGUAAGAGAAAUGAUAUUCAUAAUGAUUUACAUAUCAUUAGACAUGAUUCUUGGUGCUUAUCUACUUGGUAACAUAGCAGCUUUAGUAGUAAAAGGCUCAAACACAGAAAAAUUCAGAGAUAAGAUGAAUGAUCUUAUCAAAUACAUGAAUAGAAACAAACUAGACAAACAUACAAGUAAGAAAAUUAAAGAUCAUCUACGGUUGCAAUUCGAUCGAAGCUACACUGAGGCUUCCGGUCUUCAGGAUGUUCCAGUUUCGAUUCGCCACAAGAUUUCACAGAGUUUAUAUGAGUCAUAUAUUAAACAUGUUUCUCUUUUCAAAGGGUGCUCUACAGGAUUCAUAAAGCAGAUUGCAAUCAGUGUCCAUGAGGAGUUUUUCCUACCAGGAGAAGUGAUCAUAGAGCAAGGAAAUGUAAUAGAUCAACUUUACAUAGUAUGCCAUGGUGUAUUGGAGGAGGUAGGGAAUGAAGAAGGUGAUGAAACCGAAGAAUUAUGUACACGACUCCAAACAUAUAGCUCAUUUGGCGACGUUUCUUUCCUUUGCAAUACUCCUCAACGUUAUACUGUUGUGGCUCGUGAACUAUGCAGAGUUUUGAGACUUGAUAAACACUCAUUUACCGAAAUCCUAAAAAUAUACUUUUUAGAUGGCCGAAUCAUAUUGAACAACCUCCUCGAGGGAAAAGACUUGAGUAUUCGAAAAAAACUUUUGGAAUCGGAUAUCACAAUUUAUAUUGGAACUCAUGAACUUGAAUUGGCGACGAGAGUUAACUGCGCUGCCUAUGUUGGCGAUCUUUACCGAGUUAAACGCUUGAUUGAAGCUGGAGCAGAUCCAAAUAAUACAGAUUAUAAUGGUAGAUGUGCUUUGCAUGUUGCAGCAUCUAAAGGAUAUGAAGACAUAACUGCUUUCCUAAUUGAACAAAGAGUUAAUGUCAAUAAAAUAGAUAAUUUUGGUAACACUCCUUUACUAGAAGCCCUAAAGAACGGUCAUGAUCGAGUUGAAUCUUUGCUCACUGAUGCCGGUGCUUCUCUUACAAUCGAUGACACUGGUAAUUUUCUCUGUAGUAUAGUUGCUAAAAGGGAUUUGGAUGUUCUUAGAAGGGUUUUGGCUAAGGAAAUUAACCCAAAUGUGAAGAAUUAUGAUCAUAGAACACCUCUUCACAUAGCUGCUUCAGAAGGGCUUUAUCAAAUGGCAGAGUUAUUAGUAAAUGCAGGAGCAACUGUUUUUUCCAAAGACAGAUGGGGAAAUACUCCGCUCGAUGAAGCUCGAAUAGGCGGUGAUAAAAAGUUGAUCAAGUUACUUGAAGUUACAAGAUCUUCUCAAGUGUUGGAAUUCUCUGAAUCUUUUCAAGAAUUUAAAGAAACUACUAAAGUAACAUCAUUUGAUAAUAGUGAGACUUGAACGGUUGAUUUAUGAACAUCUUUUUUUUUUUAGUUAAAUUAUUAAGUUUAUAAUAUUUUAGCUUCCUUUGUAUUUGUAUUUCAGAGUAAUGUUAAGGAAAAAAAAAGUUAUGUUACUUAGUAUAUUUAUUUA